CUUCAGUUUUUGCGCGGCUGCUGCUGCGCGCGUCGUUGCGCGCGGCGCGCUUUCGCGUGUCGGAUCGGAUCUGCCCUGCAAAUCCCAGCUGCUCUCGCCCGCUGCUGCAGGUGAAAGGAUGGUGAACGAGGAGGAGGAAGGGACUUCUCAGCAGGGAGGCCCUAAGCCGGCAGAACUACAUGGGGCGCUGUCGGAAAGCUGCCCCAGGCUGGCCUCCCCAGACCUGGAGCUGGAGGGAGAGGAACUCAGCGAGAGCAGUUCAGAGACGGACCCCAGGAGCUCUGCCCAAGAGCUGGAGAACGACUCCUUUCCCAUCAACGGAGACACCCUGGGGAACGAGACUGGUGGCGCCUGCCCAUCGCAGACGCAGUAUAUCUGCCCUGUUUGUGGGGAGUGUUUCAGCGGGAGCUCCUGCCUUUCUGAACACCAGCAGGUCCACAAAGAAGAGAAGCCGCAUGUGUGCCCCGUGUGUGGCAAGGGCUGCAGCCAGCAGGCGGAACUGGCCGACCACAUGCAGACGCACACAGACGAAAAGCCCUUCACCUGCCUGGAGUGUGGGCGGAACUUCCUCUUCAGCUCCGACCUGGUGUCCCACCAGAAGGUCCACACCGGGGAGAAGCCCUACAUCUGCCUGGAGUGUGGGAAGGGCUUCUCCCAGAGCUCGCAGCUCAUGUCCCACCGCCGGGUCCACACGGGCGAGAAGCCGUACGAGUGCAUCAUCUGCGAGAAGAGCUUCCGCUCCAAUUAUGACCUGGUCAACCACCAGAGGAGCCACACGGGAGAGAAGCCCUACAUCUGCUCCGACUGUGGCAAGAGCUUCACCCGCAGCUCCCACCUGAUCUCCCACCAGCGGGUCCACACCGGGGAGAGGCCCUACCCCUGCGGGAUCUGCGGGAAGCGCUUCCGCGACUGCUCGCACCUCAUCCGCCACCAGAGGGUGCACACGGGCGAGAAGCCCUAUGAGUGCUCCAUCUGCGGCAAGAGCUUCCGGGUCAACUACGACCUCGUGACCCACCAGAGGAACCACACGGGCGAGAAGCCCUACGCCUGCCCCGACUGCGGGAAGGGCUUCAAGCGCAGCUCCCACCUCAUCUGCCACCAGAGGGUCCACACCGGGGAGAGACCCUACCCCUGCGGCAUCUGCGGCAAGAGCUUCAGCUACAGCUCCGACCUCAUCAAACACCAGAGGAUCCACACGGGCGAGAAGCCGUACGAGUGCCACAUCUGCGGCAAGAGCUUCCGCAUCAACGCCGACCUCGUCACCCACCAGAGGAUCCACACGGGAGAGAAGCCCUACACCUGCCCCGACUGCGGGAAAUGCUUCGCUCGGAGCUCGCGGCUCGUCUCCCACCAGAGAGUCCACGUCAAGGAUGGGAGCCUUGGUGUUUCCCUAGCUGAAGCCGACACGUCUCCCGUGGCCGCUACCUGGUCGCCGGCUCCUGAUGGUCUCUGGGGCCCAGGAGAGAAGGGGGCGGACGCGUCCCUUAAGCAGAGCGGUGACCCUGCGGCUCUCGCCGGCCUUGCAAAUUCUAGUCAGCCAUGCGAUGCGCUUCCAGAAACCCAGAUAGUUGAGAUCAAGAUGGAGGACCCGUCUAUGUCUCUUGAGGGCGGGACGGUGGAAGAAGCCUUUGUUGCACUCGUUGCAGAGGAAAGGCGGCUUCUUGGAAUGGAUCCUCCGGUGCCGGGCCAGCUUGGAGCUGGAAAUGAACUUCUUGCUGCACUCGGCGCAGCCGUACGGCCUCUCACCGGUGUGGGUCCUCUCGUGCGUGUUGCGGCUGGACAGGUGGCUGAAGCACUCGCCACACUGACGGCAGGCGUGAGGCUUUUCCCCGGUGUGCGUCCUUCGGUGCCUGUUGAGGUUCGAGACGUACCGGAAGUUCUUCCCGCAGUGGAGGCAGCUGUAGGGCAUCUCCCCGGUGUGGACUCGCAGGUGCUUCACCAGGUCGGAGCUCUGCGCAAAGCUCUUCCCGCACUCGGGGCACUCGUAGCCCCAGGCCGCGCCGCCGGCCUGGUGGCUCCGCUGGUGGAUGAGCAGGCUGCGGUGCUGCCUGAAGGUUUGGCCGCACUCGGAGCACAGGAAAGGCAUCUCGCCGGUGUGGAUUCUCUGGUGAAUGAGGAGGUUGGAGCGCUGGGCAAAGCAUUUCCCGCACUCCGAGCACAGGUGGGGCCUCAGCCCGGCGUGGAGCUGCUGGUGUUUGAGGAGGUUCGAACUCUGGCGGAAGCACCUCCCGCACUGAGGGCAGUGGUAAGGGGUCUCCCCUGUGUGGAUUCUCAGGUGAAUGGUGAGGCUCGACUGCUGAGUGAAGCGCUUCCCGCAGUUCAGGCACUGGAAGGGCCUCUCGCCCGUGUGGAUUCUCUGAAAAUGCUGAGCGAGAGCGAGGCACAGACAUCUCUCCAGGAGAGAACCGAGCAGAAGAUUCUGCAAGAUGCUUUGCCGGAAAAACCAGGCGCCAAUGUUUCCCAAGGCCUGGAUCGAGAGGAAGGCUGCGCGAUUCAGUGCAAUCCUGAAUUGCCGCUGGUGUGCCCGCCAAAGAAGAGGAAGCGCAAGUCCUCCCAUCGUGAGGAAACGGCCCUUGAUCUCAGCAAGAGAGCAGUGAAGAAGAAAAAGGUCCCCCAGCCGGCAAAAUCCUACAACUGCCCCGACUGCGGGAAAUGUUUCAAGCGGUGCUCCCCUCUCAUAAGGCACCGAAGGACCCACACCGGGGAAAAACCCUACGUCUGCCGUGUGUGUCUGAAAUGCUUCAGCGACGGCUCUGCCCUCGUGAAACACCGGAGGAUCCACGCGGGGGAGAAGCCUUACACCUGCCCCGAGUGCGGGAAAAGCUUCUCGCAGAGCUCGACCCUUAUCGCACAUCAGAGAAUCCACACGGGCGAGAAGCCCUACAAAUGCCCCGUGUGUGGGAAAGGCUUCAGCGUCAGCUCCAACCUUGUGGCUCACCAGCGGAUUCACACGGGGGAGAAACCUUACGAGUGCUCCUUCUGUGAGAAGAGCUUUCUUGUCAGCUCGCACCUGAUCAGGCACCAGAGGAUCCACACGGCGGAAAAGCCGUACAUUUGCCGGGAGUGCGGCGAGUGUUUCACGCAGAGCUCUCACUUGGUCGUCCACAAGAGAAUCCACACGGGGGAGAAACCUUAUCUGUGCGCCGUGUGCGGGAAGAACUAUCGGGGGAUCUCAGACUUCAUUCUGCACCAGAGAAUCCACACAGGUGAGAAGCCGUACACCUGCCUGGAGUGCGGGAAGAGCUUCCGCCAGAGCUCCUGUCUAACGAAACACCAGAGAAUCCACACGGGAGAAAAACCUUACGAGUGUCACGAAUGUGGGAAGAGCUUCAAUCGGAAUUCGCAUCUUACAAGGCACCAGAAAAUUCACACGGGGCAAAGGAACGCCAGGCAGGUGCUUAUCAAAUAAAAGUCUUCCGUUCCGAAAUGGAAAGUUAGGCUCAUUGUCAUCACUGGCAUUUGGCAAGGAGAAAGUCUAGCUGGUGGACAUUUUCCUAUCUAUUGCUGUAGCCUUUGUUGUACCAUCCUGCACCAUGGAUGUCUCUAAAGGAAUCCAGGAUUUCCCCAGAACUUGAUGUGCUGUUGCUGUUAACCUUGUUUGAUGAAUAUGGUUAAUCUAAUUGUUGUUGCAUUCAGAAGAAGAGUUUUUGGGGCAACUGUAUCCCUGCAUCCGUUACAGAAAAGCUGUGCUUGCGGACCUGCCGGCUUAUAACUUUUCCUCUUAGACUGUAAGGCGUGAGAUGCUCUUAAUGGUCUUCCCGGGAAUUCGUGGAAUGUCUUGCUUAUUCCUAAGAGGUGAACUUGAAAUGGACACUCUCAUGAUGUGAACUCUAGUCUUCCUUCCUCUGGGGUAUUCAAAUGCACCUAGAUCGCACCGUUUCACAUGAUAAGUUGGGUUUGAAGAAGAGUUUGGAUUUGAUAUCCCGUUUUAUCACUACCCGAAGGAGUCUCCAAGCGGCUAACAAUCUCCUUUCCCUUCCUUCCUCACAACAAGCACUCUGUGAGGUGAGUGAGGCUGAGAGAAUUCAGAGAAGUGUGACUAGCCCAAGGUCACCCAGCAGCUGCAUGUGGAGGAGCAAAGACGCGAACCCGGUUCACCAGAUUACAAGACUGCCGCUCUUAACCACUACACCACACUGGCUCUGCACAAUCCCUGGUGCAAAUGCUCUGACUGUUACUCGCAAGCCCCUUUUCCGGUCGAGGCUAAGAAGGGAGGAUUUGCCAAACUCUACACAACAAGCAAAGGCAGAAGUUGAAGGACAUGGCUCUUUGUACAUCAGUGGUUCCCAAACCUGCCCCCACACUGCCUAGCCGACUGCCUGAAAAUUGCUUCAGGUUUAUGUUGACCAUCUACUGAUUUUCUUCUGCCUGUUGUAGCAAUUGUGCUGUGCUAAACACUGAAUGGUUUUUCAUUGCAUUUUCAUUGCUUCUGUCGAAUUGCAAUUUGAAUGCAAUAAUAUACAAUGUUAGAAAUAAGAGAUGCAAUAAAAAAAGAUACAGCUGUAAAUUACAGCAAAUGUUUAAUGUUGACAUGCUGCAGACCACCUGAAUGAAGCAUGGGGAUCACUCGUGGUCCACAAACCACAGUUUUGGAUCGCCUCUUCCAGAUCAAAAACCAGCUUGCUAUAUCCAGGAGCAGUAUAGCUGCCCGACCUCUUUAACCUCACCUUCUUUGGGUUGCAAUUCUAAAUUCCCUCUCUAGGGAGUAAGUUACAAGAAAGGAGAUUCGGACUAAACAUCAGGAAGAACUUUCUGACAGUUAAGAACUGUUUGACAGUGGAACGGUCUCCCUCAGGAGGUCAUGGACUCUCCUUCCUUGGAGUUUUUUAACCAGAGCUUGGAUGGCCAUCUGUCAGGGAUGCUUUAGUUGAGAUUCCUGCAUUGCAGGGGGUUGGACUAGAUGGCCCUUGGUAUCCCUUGAAGCUCUACAAUUCUGUGAUUCUGUCUGCUGGUCUUAACACCCAGGAGAGUCUGUAGGGGAGAAGGCAUUUGGGGCUUGAGCCACUUAGGGCUGCAAAUGCUAUCAUCAGCAUCUUGAGUUUUGCCUGGAAGAAGAAGAAGAAGAGAAGAAGAGUUUGGAUUUGAUAUCCCGCCUUUCACUCCCUUUAAGGAGUCUCACAGCGGCUCACAUUCUCCUUUCCCUUCCUCCCCCACAACAAACACUCUGUGAGGUGAGUGGGGCUGAGAGACUUCAGAGAAGUGUGACUGGCCCAAGGUCACCCAGCAGCUGCAUGUGGAGGAGCGGGGAAGUGAACCCGGUUCACCAGAUUACAAGACUACUGCUCUUAACUACUACACCACACCAGUUUUGGAAACAAAGCGACUUGCAGAAAGCUUUGGUGAAGGACAGAAAUGGCAGGCAUUUUGCAUCUUGUUGUUGAUCCAUUGGCAUUGAUAAGGCCCUGUAUGC